CAUCCAGUAUAAUGCAGUUAAACUAAAAGCAUUAUUUCCUUGCUGCAGUUUUAAAACAUUGAAUUAAAAAUUGUUUAUUGGCUAUAAUCAUGUCAAACUUCCCAGCUGAUGGUCUGCUGAUCAAGGCCUACGAAGAUUCUGUGAAUUUGGAGAGUGAAACACUUGCACGACGCAUUGCAGACUCGACUAAUAGGCGCGAGGAAAAGGAAUCCGGGAGCGAAACAAAGACCGAGGAGGAUUCCUGUGCAGAACCAGAGCAGGAGCUAGUCUAUGAGGUGGGCAAUUUUGCACGUGCUACCUAUACAGACGGAGUGGAUUAUGAGGGCGUAGUGGUAUCCGUUGAUGAGAAAGCUCGCAGCUGCGUGUUGCGCUAUGUAGGUUAUGAGAAUGAGCAGGAAGUACUACUGUCUGAUCUGUUGCCCAGCUGGGGUAGUCAGGAACGUCGCAAUCAGUUUCUACUUGCUAAGCAAACUGAAGCCGAAGCCGCUGAACCACGUGCCAAAACAUCAAAAAAACAUGGCGGCAGAGCCAAGAAAGGUGGUGGACCACGGCUAGCUGCGCCUGUUACAGGAUUAGCUAUGCCACCAAUGCCGCUGGUGCCUCCAAUGUUUACGCCAGCUGGUGGCAUGGAUGGCGAACCUUCACAAGAUUUUGUUGCCAUGCUGACAGCUUGGUAUAUGUCUGGCUAUUACACAGGACUCUAUCAGGGUCGUAAGGAGCGGGAGGGACAAGCCAAGAAGAAGGCAAAGAAAUGAUCUGCUAACUCUCAUAUAAACAAGACUUUCUGUUAAUUAUAAGAAAUAAAAUCCAUAGAAUUUUGUUACCAAUUGGAAUACCGCGUGAUCGAUAGACUAAUCCCAGAUUAUCCCAUAAUCAGUUUUGAUCAAAUAUUCCGUAUCGAUAACAUGUUUCGAAAUGAAACGAACGACAGAAUUUGUGUGACUACAAAUAUAAAUAUA